AUGUCCGAUAAGAAGGCCACGAGCACCGCAGGCGCUGGCGGCGACCAGCAGCAAGAUCCAGCCGCUGCCUACCAAGCCUACGGCAACUACGACACUAACGCUUACUAUGGGAGUGCUACCGGUCAAUAUGGGCAGUAUGGCGCGACUGGUGACAACGCAGCCUACGCACAGCAAUACGCCGACUACUACGCAUCGCAAAGCCAGCAGCCAUCCGGUGGUUACGGCGGAGGUGACCAGAAGACCGGUAGCGGCGGCGGAUACCAAUCACGCGACGACAAAGGUGGUUAUGGUGGCGGCAGCGGCGGCGGCGGGAGUUACGAUAACGGAUCCCGUGGCGGCGGUGGAGGAGGAUACCAGUCGAGAGACUCGUAUGGAAACGGUGGCGGCGGUGGCGGGUACCAGGCGAAAGACUCGUAUGGAGGCGGGGGAAGGUCUUCUGGCGGAGGAUAUGGGAGCGAAUCUGCGAGCAGUGGCCCUGGUCCUACUAAUAGCCAAGGCAAAACGCUGAGUGAGGAUACCAUCUACAUUACCGGAUUACCGAAGACCGCCACUGAGCAGAAGCUGAUAGACCAUUUUGGAAGCAUCGGGAUCAUUAAAAUGGACAAAAAGACCAUGAAGCCAAAAGUGUGGGUCUAUAAGGACAAAGUGAGCGGCGUCCCGAAAGGGGAUGCUACGGUGACAUACGAGGACCCCCAUUCCUGCGAUGGUGCCAUCAAGUGGUUCAACGGCAAUGACUUUGAAGGCUCGAAACUGAGCGUCGAACGCGCUGAACAGAAAGCACCUCCACCAGGCGGAUGGCAGAGCAGUCGUGGCCGAGGCCGUGGUCGCGGAGGAGGCUUUGGAGGAGGUGACCGAGGUGGUGGUGGUGGCGGCGGGGGCGGUUUUGGCGGACGAGAAGGCGAUUGGAGCUGUACAUGCGGCAACACGAAUUUCGCCAGAAGAUUCGAAUGCAACAAGUGUGGAGCCCCGAAACCCGGCGGCGGUGACUCUGGCGGCGCGCCUUCAUCUCGCGGCGGAUAUGGUGGGGGCCGAGGGGGCGGUCCGGGCGGAAACCGACGUGAUGGGGACUGGAACUGCGACGGCUGCGGAAACGACAACUUUGCCUCCCGAACUAGCUGCAACCGUUGUCAUGCACCCAAACCAUCCGGAGGAGGCGGCGGCGGCGCCAGUGGUGGGGGUUACGGAGGCGGUCGCGGCGGCGGGGGUGGUGGUGGAGGAGGAUAUGGAGGCAGCUCAUACGACCGCGGGGAUCAGCGGUCGGAUUCGAGGAGGGAUAGGAGGGAUCAUCCUUAUGCUCGGUGAUUUGUGUUGGGAAUAUUGUAGGGUUGGCGGGUCAUGGGAUGCGCUUUUGAGGUGGCCCAUGCGUUUGUAGAGUAGAUUAUCCGGGGGGGGGAGGUGUUGGUGCACAACUAUGUAUAGGUUGCUUGUUUUCUUUUUAAAUGUUGGAAUGCCGCCUUUCUCUGCCGCCCUGGGGGGGCAACGCGUCGAAACUACUGUACUGUACUUCUCCGUC